AUGAAUAUUCUUUCGUUGUUUGCAUCGGGGAAACCCUCGAUAAUACAACGUUUACAAGCAGAGUUAGCUACGUAUGAUGCUUCACCUGAACAUAUAAGAAAUGAUCAGUCAAGUUUCUUUGAUAUGGAAUUCUCUACUCCAGCUGCUGUUGAGGCAUGGUCAAAAGGACAAAAAAGAUUGACAGCUGUGGCUCCUUUAGACAGACUUACUGAUGCUCUAAGUGGUUUAGAAAUUUCUGAUUCUAGUGAGAGUCAAAUUACGGGCAGAAAAUCACCACCUUACAAGUGA